AUGCGUUUCAACGUCGUCUCCAUCCUUUUCAUGCUCGGCGCCGCCAUCGGUGUCAAUGCAGCCUGCAGGGACGGUGACGACUUCUGCGGUGACUGCAACGGUACCUCCUGCAAGGUCGCGGGGAUCAACUAUGACUGCGCGGCUGGUACUUCGUGCGUCGGCAAUGGCGGUGGCGAUGGCGCCUACUGUGGUUCUACGACAGGGUACCUCCAAGGGCCCUACAACUGCCCCGUCAAGACUUAA